CAUUAUGCAUUUCCCAUAUAGAUUGAACUAUGUAUGUGAAAUUAUAAAUGUACAUGCAUGAUCUUCUUGCAUUUAUGAGGGUAUAUAUGUGAAAUUGUGAAUACAUCAUAUCAGGUGGAAUCUAUCUAGGUAUAGGAACAAAUCAAAAAGUGCAUAUGUCUAAUCCAAAUAGAUUUUUUCUUUCUUUCUAUCAUUGUAUAUAAAUGUAUUUAAAAACACUAGUUCUCUGAAGUGUAUAGUUUAAUUAAAAGAGAGGCCAUGAUUACCAUUUACAGGUUGAAUGAGAUAUAUAUCUUGGGAUAGAUAGCCUCCCCUUAGCCAGUUGGGAUCAAAGCCCAAGGAAAAGAUGUUACCCAAACAACUGAAAUCAGAGUUAGAAAAAACAAAUAAAAAUACAACACUUUGUCACCCCCAACAAUCCUGUCUUUGAAUGCUAUCUUUUACACACUAUUUUGUAUUGAUCCGAAAUAUUCACUCUGUCAAACUGAUCAAAACUCUUCUAUUUUAUUAGUCUGUCCCAUGUGGAAGUCGGUGGUGGUCCUCUUAGUCCUAGACAUGGCAACUAUGCUCACUAAGUGCCAAUUGAGAGCUUUGAUUUUCUUUUUCUGGGCAACUGUCUCUGCUGCAAUUGGAAAUGAUUUGCUAAGCUGUGAUACUCUCUCUCCAGAUUACCAUUGCAAUGGUAAUGGAUCUCCAAAUCAGUGCUCAACUUUCGCUAUUCUUCGCACCAAUUCAUACUAUUCCUCUCUUUCCAAUCUCAGCUCAUAUUUGGGGAUCAACCGGUUCGUGCUAGCUCAAGCCAAUGGAUUCUCUGCCGACGCAGAGUUUCUUCCCCAAAACCAGCCUUUGUUGAUCCCAAUUGACUGUAAAUGUAACGGUGCUUUCUUUCAAGCUGUGCUAGUUAAAAUUUCCAUCAGAGGCGAGAGCUUUUAUAGCAUUGCUGAGUCGUUGGAGGGCUUAACGACUUGCAAAGCUAUUCGAGUGCAGAACCCAAGUGUUUCACCUUGGGAUCUUGGUGACAAGGUUCAGCUGCUGAUUCCAAUCAAAUGCGCCUGCCCGUCUUCCUCUGAGCUCGGUCAGCAAACCAAGCUUCUGAUUUCUUAUCCUGUGAGUCGAGGUGACACCAUUUCAAACUUGGCCUUGAAGUUCAAUGUCACUCCAGUGAACAUCCUCUCUGCAAAUAACAGAUCCGGAACAAGUUUCAAACCAGAAAGGCUAGUACCAGUUUCUACUCUUCUGAUUCCACUCAAAACCAAGCCUGUUUUUGGUUUUUUUGUGAAACCUCAGGAACCCAAUUUAGGAUUUCCAUCAACCACCAUCCCUAGAAUCAAUCCACACAAGAGGAAGUCGAAAAUGUGGCAGAUUGGACUUUAUAUUGCUCUUGGCGCAUCUUUAUUUGGAGCUGGCAUCGUAAUUGCAGCAGCCUUCUUGGUGAUUCAAUGGAAAGCAAGGACGAAAGCGAAGAAGAAUAUGGAGAUUCCAUGCAAGAUGGUAGAUUUGGAGCUUCAACAACUCAGCCUAAGCAUACGAACCACGAGCGAGAAGAAAGUCUCAUUUGAUCAGGGCUCCCAAGACACUCUUGAUGGUCAGAUCAUCGACGCCACACCUCACAAGAUGGUGUUGGAGACAUAUACCAUUGAAGAGCUAAAGAAGGCAACUGAGGACUUCAAUUCGAAUAAUCUCAUUGAAGAAUCUGUGUUUCAUGGCCGUCUCAAAGGCAAAAACUUGGCAAUUAAGCGUGAAAAAACUGAGAUUGUGUCAAAGAUUGAGUUCGGGCUUUUCCAGGAUGCAACUCACCACCAUCCCAACAUAAUAAGGCUGAUUGGGACGUGUUCAACAGACGGUCCUGAUUCAUUUUUGGCUUUUGAGUAUGCCAAGAAUGGGUCCCUGAAGGACUGGCUUCAUGGUGGGUUGGCGAUGAAGAGCCAAUUCAUCGCUUCAUGCUAUUGUUUCUUGAAUUGGAAUCAAAGGCUCAAGAUCUGUCUUGACAUAGCCACGGCCUUGCAGUAUAUGCAUCAGAUUAUGAUUCCAAGCUAUGUUCACAGAAACAUAAAAAGCAAAAACGUUUUUCUAGAUGAAGAAUUCAAUGCAAAAAUUGGGAAUUUUGGCAUGGCAAGAUGCGUUGAAGACGGUGUUGAUGACAAGGCUUCUUGUUCAAGUGAUCCUAGGUUUUGGAGUAAAGGGUACUUAGCACCUGAGUGUAUCCAGCAGGGUACAACAUCCCUGAGCAGCGAUGUUUUCGCUUAUGGUGUGGUUUUGCUUGAGGUGUUAUCUGGGAAAACACCGAUAAUUAGGGACGAUGAGAAAGGGAAAGGGAGUGUUUGGCUAUCCGAGAAAAUUAAAUUGAUAUUAGAGUCAGAGAAUGCAGAGGAGCUGAGGGAAUGGAUGGACAACACGUUGGGUGAGAAUUAUUCGUUUGAUGCAGCUGUCACGUUGGCAAAUCUGGCGAGAGCUUGUGUGGAGGAUGACCCGGGGUUGAGGCCGAGUGCGGGAGAGAUUGUGGAGAAGUUGUCAAGAUUGGUCGAAGAAUUACCACAAGGAGAGCAAUUCUCAAUCUGUGAAAGCUCUUCAAAACCUCUAGUCAAGGCUGCUAUAAAUUAGGCAUGUGAAUUAAACCAACCCCAUUGUAACCAUUUCAAACGCGUUCCAUUAGUUCUAGUUCUCGUGCCAUUGAGGAAGCUUGACUGUGAUCAGAUCUAAGAUUUGUGGCUACUUUUCCUUUCUUUCUUUCUAUAUAUUCAAUAUUCAAACACAUAGGAUUGUGGACUUUUGGGAUCUUUCACAUGCCAUGUAGGGUUGUGUAUACAUGUAAUUAGGAACUGGAUACACAUAGCAGAGUUCUCCUUUGUAUUUCUGUAUUUGAUCGACUAAUGAAUCUUAUGGUAUUUAUACAAUUUUAUUUAUUGUGAUGCA